UCCUCGUCUCUAGGGAAACCGCUGCUGCCCGAGGCAGCCAGAGGCCGCACGAUGCCGAGCGCGGAGGAGCGGGCCGCGCUGGCUGAGGAGAACGCAGAAGACGAAGCCGGCGCCGACCCGCGCCUGCGACUUCUGGGGGCCUACAUGGCCCAGAGCCUGCGACCGGCUGCGGGCGCCUGGGAGCGCUGCGCGGGUACCGCCGAGGCGGAGCGGCUGCUGCACGCCUUCCUGGGCCGCGAUGCUGCGGAGGGUCCGCAGCCGCUGCUGGUGGUGCGGCCCGGGCCCGGGGGCCUGGCGCUGCGACCCGGGCUGGACGCGGGCCCCGACUCUGGCACGCCUCGUGCUAAGGGGCUAUUUUGCCUGCGCACCAGGCCCGAGCCGCCCGGGCCCCACAGAGUCCGCGGCUCGGUGCUCUGCGGGGACGUGCCCGCAGCCCCUCUGGAGCACCUGUCCGCGCUCUUCUCCGAGGUGAGGGUGGGUUGGCCCCGCGGUGCUGCAACUGGGGAGGAGAAGGGGGAGGGGCGGGGCCAGGGGUGUGAGGCCAGGAGCCGAGUUUGGGGUGUCCGAGGAGAACAGGAUGCUCUGGCAGAGGCGCAGGACAUCCACAUGCACCUGAGGCCACUCCACCACCACCUGGAAGCCCUUGAGAGCAUGGAGUUUCCCGAGGUGAAGCCACAGCUUCAGCCUCUGCUCCACGUAGUCUGUCUCAUUUGGGCCACGUGUGAGUCCUACGACUCCCCAGGGCGGCUCAUGGUGCUGCUCCAGCAGACCUGCAACCUUCUCAUCCAGCAGGCCUCUAAUUAUCUCAGCCCAGAAGACCUCUUGAGAAGUGAGGUGGAAGAAAGUCAGAGGAAACUGCAGGUCAUCGUGGACACCUUGAACUUCUUCAAGCAGGUGUUUCAGGACCGAAGGGAGAAUCUCCAUACUUACUUUAAAGAGAACCAGGAAGUGAGGGAGUGGGACUUCCCAUCUGCUUUGGUCUUUGUGCAUGUGGACGGCUUCCUGGGACGACUACUCAUGGUGCAGGAUCUUCUGAACACAACCUUGGACUUCCACAAACUGGGAAAGCUUGAAUUUAGGGGCAUCAGAGGGAAAGCCCUGAGUCAGCAGAUUCAGCAAAUGUACGAGGAAUUUCAAGAGAUGCACAGGGUCUUCUCAGAAUCUUAUGACUGCUUGGACCCCCAAAGCACGGAAUUUGAAAAUGAUAUGUCUGAAUUUAACCAGAGAGUAGAAGAACUCGACCAAAGCCUGGGGACUAUCUUUAUUCAAGCCUUCGAUGACGUGCCCAGUUUGGAGCAUUCCUUUAAGCUCAUAGACAUAGCAGGAAAGCUCCUUGAAAGACCACCAGUAGCACAGGAUGUAGCCGAUAAAUACCUGGUGCUCAUCCAAAUGUUCAACAAAGACCUGGAUGCAGUGAGAAUAAUCUACAGUCAGCAUGUCCAGGAGGAGGCAGAAUUCGGGUUCUCCUCAGUGCACAAGAACAUGCCCACUGUGGCUGGGGGUCUCUGCUGAGCGCAGGAGCUCAGACAGUGCAUUCAGGGACCCUUCACCAACUUUGGAUCCAUCACACAUCCUUGCAUGGAAUCAGCUGAAGGAAAGUGCAUGAUACAAAAAUAUGAAGCCAUGCUCUCCUUGCUGGAAAAAUAUGAGACAAGUCUUUAUGAUGAUGGUCAGACGGUAUCAGAGAAGUCACAGUACAAUCUUUCCCAGCCACUUCUGCAACGUGACCCAGAGACGAAGCAGAUCACUGUCAACUUUAACCCACAGGUAACCACAUUCUUUCUCCUGCUGAUUUCAGUGCCGAAAGAAAUGAGUUAUCUUGAACCCAGGCAGAUGAAGCACAUCCCCGAGAUGGCAGCAGCCAUCUUCUCUUCCAGGGAAUUCUAUCGGCAGCUUGUGGCUAACUUGGAGCUAAUGGUCAAUUGGUACAACAAGGUUUUGAAAAGUCUGCUAGAGGCAGAAUUUCCAUUAGUGGAGAAAGAGCUGCAAAAUACUGCUCGCCUGAGAGCUGCAGAGGAGACUCUCAACUGGCAAACGGAAGGUAUUUGGUAUUAUGUCAGUCAAAUCACCAAUAAUAUUCAUGAUCUUGAACAAAGAGUUCAGAAAACUAAAGACAAUGUGGAAGAUAUUCAAAACAUCAUGAAAACAUGGGUGUCUCCAAUAUUUAAGAGAAAAGAUGGAAAAAAGGAAUGCCUUCUUUCCAUGGAUGAUCAGCAUGAUCGAGUGCAAAAAUCUUAUAGUCUCAUCAAAGAAUCUGGCCUUAAGAUACACACCCUUAUUCAGGAAAACCUGGGUCUGUUUUCAGCAGACCCAGCCUCUAAUAUCUGGAAGACUUACGUUAAGUACAUCGAUGACAUGUUGCUGGAUGGAUUCUUUCUAGCCAUUGAGUGCUCCCUCAAGUACCUCCUGGAAAAUACUGAAUGUUGAGCAGGACUCACCCCGAUAUUCGAAGCACAGUUGAGCUUAGCAAUCCCAGAAUUAGUUUUCCAUCCGUCCCUGGAGUCUGGAGUGAAGGGUGGCUUCCACGACAUUGUUGAGGGUCUUGUUACCAGCAUUUUUGGAAUAUCGUCUUUGGUGCCACGGCUUUCACCACAAAACGGCUCUCCCCACUACCAGGUUGAUGUGGAGGGCAUGGCCUGUUUGGCCAGCAUGAGGAGCACCCUCAUGGAGAGGUUUCAGAGCAUGAUGGCCCUCUGCUGCAGCUAUGAGAACACCUUCAGCCAGUAUUCCUACCUCUACAUGGAGGACCGGAAGGAGGUCCUGAGUCUGUUCUUGUUGUAUGGGCAUGUCCUCACACCCGAGGAAAUUGAAGCCCAUGCAGAAGAUGGCAUCCCAGAGAACCCUCCCCUCCUCCAUCAAUUUAAAGCGCAGAUUGACUCCUAUGAAAAGCUCUGUGAAGACAUGUGCAGGCUGGAGCCCAUCAGGGUGUUUGAGAGCUGGAUGAAAAUUGAUGUGUGACCCUUUAAAGCAUCUCUACUGAAUGUAAUUAAGAAGUGGAGCCUCAUGUUCAAGCAGCAUCUUGUUGACUAUGUCACUGACAGCUUGGCUGACCUUGAAGUGUUCAUAAAAAAUAGUGAGAGUGGCUUGCUCAAGGAAGUUGAAAAAGGCGAUUUUAAAGGAUUGGUUGAGAUUAUGGGACACCUUAUGGCUCUUAAAGAAUGGCAGGGCAGCACUGAUGAGAUGUUUGAGCCCUUAAAGCAAACUAUUGAAUUGCUGAAGACCUAUGAACAAGAAUUGCCAAAAACGGUGUUUAAGCAGCUGGAGGAGCUGCCUGAGAAAUGGAACAACAUAAAAAAGAUGGCCAUUGCUGUGAGUCAGCAGGUGGCCCCACUGCAAGUGAAUGAAGUGAGCAUCCUCCACCAGUGGUGCACAGCCUUUGAUGCUGAACAGCAGCGGUUCUGCGAGUGAUUCCACCAAGAAGCUCCCUUCAGAUUUGACAGCAUUGACCCUUAUCAAAUGCUGGAUGCCUGGCACACUAAGAUCCAGCAGUUGGAAUUGACCAUGGCCUCCACUGCCGAGUCUGCCAGCCUGUUUGAGGUUAGCGUUCCAGACUACAAGCAGCUAAAACAGUGUAGGAAGGAGGUCUGCCAGCUGAAGGAGCUCUGGGACACCGCUGGGGUGGUGACCUCCAGCAUCCGUGCCUGGGAGACCACCAUGUGGAGGGAUAUCAAUGUGGAGGCCAUGGACGUGUAGUGCAAGCAGUUUGCCAGGCACAUCCGGAAACUUGACAAGAAAGUCAGGGCCUGGGAUGCCUUCACGGGCCUGGAAAGCACUGUGCUGAACACUCUGACCUCGCUGAGGGCCGUGGCUGAGCUCCAGAAUCUGGCCAUCUGGUGGUGGCACUUGGGGCAGCUGAUGCAGGCCACGGGUGUGAGCUUCACUGUGGGCGAGGGCACGAUACUGGCACAGCUCCUGCAGCUCCAGCUGCACCGCUUUGUGGACGAAGUCUGGGGUAUUGUGGACAAAGCAGUGAAGGAGAUGGGGAUGGAGAAGACCUUGAAGGAGCUGCAGGCCACCUGGGCCAGCCUGGAGUUCCAGUAUGAGCUCCACCUGCGGACCAAUGUCCCCCUGCUGUGGUCGGAUGAAGGCCUCAUUGAGGUCCUGGAGGAUAACCAAGUGCAGCUUCAGAACCUGAUGACGUCCAAGUAUGUUGCUUUCUUCCUAGAGGAAGUGUCGGGUUGGCAGAGGAAGCUGUCUACAGCCGAUGCUGUCAUCGCCAUCUGGUUUGAUGUGCAGCACACAUGGUCUCAUCUGGAGAGUAUAUUCAUUGGAUCUGACGAUAUCUGGGCUCAGCUGCCCCAGGAUUCUAAAAGAUUUGAAGGCAUUGACAUUGACUUCAAGGAGCUAGCUUAUGAUGCUCAGAAAGCUCUGAAUAUAGUGGAAGCCACCAUCAAAGCAGGUCUUUAUGAAAAACUGGAAGAUAUUGAGAGCAGAUUAUACCUGUGUGACAAAGCCCUGGCAGAGUACCUGGAUACCAAAAGGCUUGCCUUCCCUAGGUUUUACUUUCUCUCUUCUUCUGAUUUGUUAGACAUCCUUUCCAAUGGCACAGCUCUACAACAGGUUCAACGCCACCUUUCCAAACUCUUUGACAAUAUGGCCAAGAUGCAGUUCCAGCUAGAUGCCAGUGAGAAACCAACCAAGAUAAGUAUUGGCAUGUACAGCAAGGAAGAAGAGUAUGUGGCCUUCAGUGAGCCUUGUGACUGUAGUGGUCAGGUGGAAAUAUGGUUGAACCACGUGCUUGCUCAUUUGAAGGCCACCGUAAGGCACGAGAUGACAGAAGGUGUAACUGCAUAUGAAGGAAAGCUGAGGGAGCAGUGGCUCUUUGACUACCCAGCUCAGGUAGCCCUGACCUGCACUCAGAUCUGGUGGACCACAGAGGUGGGCAUUGCAUUUACCAGGCUGGAGGAAGGCUAUGAGAAUGCCAUGAAGGACUAUUACAAGAAGCAAGUGGCCCAGCUCAAAACCCUCAUCACCAUGCUGAUUGGCCAGCUCUCCAAGGGGGACUGGCAGAAGAUCAUGACCAUAUGCACCAUUGAUGUGCAUGCCCGGGAUGUGGUGGCCAAGAUGAUUGCUCAGAAGGUGGAUAAUACCCAGGCCUUCCUCUGGCUGUCCCAGAUGUGGCACCGUUGGGAUGAUGAGGCCAAGCACUGCUUCGCUAACAUCUGUGAUGCCCAGUUUCAAUAUUCCUAUGAAUACUUGGGAAAUACACUUCGCCUGGUGAUCACGCCGUUGACAGACAGCCCUGUGUCCCGCACAUCAGAGGCAUUCAGCAAACACUCCCGGAGUGCGUGCGGUGAUUCUUGCGGCAACAUCUACAAGGGCCUGGCUCAGACAGGUGCCUGGGGCUGUUUUGAUGAGUUUAAUCAAAUCUCCGUGGAAGUCUUGUCAGUGGUGGCUGUGCAGGUUUCUAGCCUUCAGAAUGCAAUUCAAGAUAAGAAGCAGCAGUUUGGCUUCCUUGGGGAGGAAACUAGCCUGAACCCCUCUGUGGGUAUCUUCAUCACCAUGAACCCUGGCUACACUGGCCGCACAGAGCUGCCGGAGAACCUCAAGGCCCUCUUCAGGCCUUGUGCGAUGGUUGUUCCCGGCUUUGAGUUGAUAUGUGAGAUCAUGCUGGUGGCAGAAGGAUUCACUGAAGUCCGGUUAUUAGCCAGAAAAUUCAUCACUCUCUACCAGUUGUGCAAAGAGCUUCUCUCCAAACAGGAUCACUACGACUGGGGCCUGCAUGCCAUCAAGUCUGUGCUGGUGGUGGCAGGAUCCCUGAAGUGAGGGGACACUGACCGGCCCGAGGACCAAGUCCUCAUGUGCUCCUUGCAAGACUUCAACAUCCCCAAGAUUGUGACCGACGACAUGCCAGUGUUCAUGGGCCUGACUGGGGACCUCUUUCCUGCCCUGGACGUCCCUCGGAGGAGAGACCUCAACUUUGAAGGUUUGGUUAGGUAGGCGGUGGUGAAUCUGAAGCUCCAGGCUGAAGACAACUUUGUGCUCAAGGUGGUCCAGCUGGAGGAGCUCCUGGCAGUGCGGCACUCAAUGUUCGUGGUGGGCAGUGCUGGUGCCGGCAAGUCCCAGGUGCUGAGGUCCUUGCACAAGACCUAUCAGAUCAUGAAACGCCGCCCCGUCUGGACUGACCUCAACCCCAAAGCCGUCACAAAUGAUGAGCUCUUCGGCAUCAUCAAUCCAGCCACAUGAGAAUGGAAGGAUGGAUUGUUCUCUUCCAUCAUGCGGGAGCUUGCCAACAUCACCCAUGAUGGGCCCAAGUGGAUCUUACUGGAUGGUGACAUAGAUCCAACGUGGAUAGAGUCUCUCAACACUGUCAUGGAUGACAACAAGGUGCUGACCCUAGCCAGCAAUGAGAGGAUCCCUCUGAAUCCCACUAUGUGGCUCCUCUUUGAGAUCAACCACCUGUGCACGGCUACCCCAGCCACUGUCUCCAGAGCAGGGAUCCUGUACAUCAACCCAGCAGACCUGGGGUGGAACCCUGCAGUGAGCAGCUGGAUCGACAAGAGGGAAAUCCAGACAGAGCGAGCCAACCUAACCAUUCUGUUUGACAAGUAUCUUCCAACCUGCUUAGACACACUCAGAAUCAGAUUUAAGAAGAUAAUUCCUAUCCCAGAGCAGAGUACGGUGCAGAUGUUCUGCCACCUUCUUGAGUGUCUCCUGACCAAGGAGGACACCCCUGCAGACUGCCCCAAGGAAACCUAUGAGCUGUAAUUUGUGUUUGCUGCCAUCUGGGCAUUUGGUGGAGCGAUGGUCCAAGAUCAGCUUGUGGGCUACCUGGAAGAAUUCAGCAAAUGGUGGCUGACAGAGUUCAAGACAGUCAAGUUUCCUUCCCAGGGAACCAUCUUUGACUACUACAUAGACUCAGAAACCAAGAAAUUUGAGCCUUGGUCCAAGCUCAUCCCCCAGUUUGAAUUUGAUUCCGAGAUGCCUUUCCAGGCUUGUUUGGUGCACACGAGCGAGACCAUCCGAGUGUGCUACUUCCUGGAGCAGCUUAUGGAGCAGCGGUGGCCAGUCAUGCUGCUGGGGACUGCGGGCACCGGCAAGUCAGUGCUGGUGGGAGCCAAGCUGGCCAGCCUCGAUGGCGAGCAGUGCCAGGUGGAAAACGUGCCCUUAAACUACUACACCAUGUUGGCAAUGCUGCAAGCUAUCCUGGAGAAGCCUCUAGAAAAGAAGGCUGGCAGAAAUUAUGGCCCCCCAGGCAACAAGAAGCUUAUCUAUUUCAUCGAUGACAUGAACAUGCCCGAGGUUGAUGCCUAUGGGACUGUGCAGCCACACAUGGUCAUCAGGCAGCAUCUGGACUAUGGCCACUGGUAUGACCGUAACAAGCUGUGCCUAAAGGAGAUCAUGAAUGUACAGUAUGUUUCCUGCAUGAACCCCACUGCAGGCAGCUUCACCAUCAACCCACGGCUUCAGUGCCAUUUCAGUGUGUUCAUCCUCUCCUUUCCAGGAGCAGACGCCCUGUCCUCCAUCUAGAGCACCAUCCUGAGUCACCACCUAAAGCUUGGAAACUUCCCAGCAUCCCUGCAGAGGUCCGUCCCCCCACUGAUCGACCUCAUCCUUAACUUCCACCAGAAGACUGCCACCACGUUCCUCCCCACAGCCAUCAAAUUCCACUACAUCUUCAAUCUCAGAGACUUUGCCAACAUUUUUCAGGGCAUUCUCUUUUCCUCAGUGGAAUGUGUAAAAUCCACACAGGACCUAGUAAAGCUCUGUGUGUAUGAAUCAAAUUGGGUUUAUCGGGAUAAGAUGGUGGAAGAGAAGGACUUUAAUCUUUUUGAUAAAAUCCAGACAGAAGUGGUCAAGAAAAUUUUUGAUGGUAUAGAAGGGACUGUGGAGCAGACAUGAAGCCAGAACAUGUAUUGCCAUUUUGAAAAUGGCACUGGUGAGUCCAAGUACCUACCGGUACAGUCGUGGGAACUUCUGACCCAGACUUUGGUGGAAGCCCUGGAGAACCACAAGGAAGUCCACACAGUGAUGGACCUGGUGCUCUUUGAGGAUGCCGUGCGCCAUGUCUGCCAUAUCAAUCGUAUCCUGGAGUCCCCCUGGGGAAAUGCUCUCCUGGUUGGUGUAGGUGGGAGCGGCAAGCAGAGUCUGACAAGGCUUGCGGCCUACAUCAGCUCCAUGGAUGUAUUCCAGAUCACGCUGCGGAAUUGCUACCAGAUCCCAGACUUCAAGGUGUACCUGGCCAGCUUGUGCCUGAAAGCCGGGGUAAAGAAUAUCAGCACAGUGUUCCUCAUGACUGAUGCCCAAGUGACUGAUGAGAAUUUCCUUGUGCUCAUCAAUGAUCUCUUGGCAUCUGGAGAGAUCCUAGAUCUCUACUCUGAUGAUGAAGUCGAGAACAUCAUAAACCAUAUGGGGAAUGAAGUCAAGAGCCAAGGUCUGAUUGACAGCAGAGAGAACUGCUGGAAGUUCUUUAUUGGUUGGGUCCAACGACAGCUGAAGGUGACUCUCUGUUUCUCCCCUGUGGGGAACAAGCUGAGGGUCCGCAGCAGGAAGUUCCCAGCCAUUGUGAACUGCACAGCCAUCGACUGGUUCCAUGAGUGGCCUCAACCUGCACUGGAGUCUGUCAGCCUCUGCUUCUUGCAGAACACAGAGAGCAUUGAGCCCAAGGUCAAGCAGUCAAUCAGCAAGUUCAUGGCUUUUGUCCACACAAGUGUCAACCAAACGUCCCAGUCUUACCUGAGCAACGAGCAGCGCUACAACUACACUAAUCCCAAAUCAUUUCUGGAGUUCAUCAGACUCUACCAGAGCUUGCUGCACAGCAACGGGAAAGAGCUCAAGUCCAAGAUGGAGCGGCUGGAGAAUGGGCUGCUGAAGCUCCACAGCACGUCUGCCCAGGUGAGCCUUAGCCGUCAAUCUCUGCUGCCUGCAGAGGGCCGAGGGGGAGUGGGGGCUGCCCCUUUCCAGACAACUGGAGGGAUCACAACCGAGGUCCCAACAUCAUUCAAUGGUCUUCCAGAGAAACAGGACCAAAAGUUACAGCUGAGCUCCCCCAGCAGCUGGGCGUGCCCUCGACUGUGGUCAGCUCUGCUGUCUUCCACUGACGCGAGAAUCCCGAUCCCCUGAAGCACCUUUCUCCCUCUUCACCAUUUCCUCCCAUUCUGCUACUUCCUUUUCCUCUCCACCAACUUCCCUUCCAUCUUCAAAACCAAAAAAGAUGACUGGUUGGGAGAAAUGGUUGCAGGGUGAUAGCAAU